UCAGAUGUGCAACUAUACUUCGACUUCGCGGGCCCGCCAAGCGUCAUGAUGAGGAUGUUCAAAAAGACCUUCGAGCAUGUCAAGUUCGACCCAGUCUUGCAAUACGUGGCCUUCCCUUCUGUCAAAGUCGAGGAGAAAGUCGACGACACAAGCAUCUCCCGGAGAUCACUAGGAGCCGGACGAAGGGACAUGGUUCAGUUCUUCAACUGGCUGCGCAAGGACAAGAAGGUAACUCGGAUCAUGAAAGUUAUUGUGGAUGACUCUCAGCAGCCAGCGCAUAGCGAUGAGGCUAUCAUAGAAGCCCUUCGAGACUUCCACGUAGAGGAACUUCACUGGCUCAAGACUGAUCUGGACCCAAUAACCAUUCGCACCGCUAGCAGUGAGAUCCGCGAGCUUAAACUCCGGUGGAGCGGCAGUAACGCCACUCUUCGGGGCUGGGGUGAGCCUGAUGGUCUCCCUAAGCUGGAGAAUCUCAGCACUCUAUAUAUAGAGCUUGUUCACGAGCUGGUAAGCCUGUCCUCCACUUUUUCUCAGAACCGAAAGGAUAGAUAUGCGAAGAAACUGAAGGGGGCACAGCAACUAGCUUCACCGGUAACUGUGGCCCUGAUCGACGACGGCGUGGACCUCGUCGACCCAUCGUUCCAGGACCGGCUGUACGAGGGCAAGUCCUUGAGUUUCGAUCUUAUUGGUGAAAACGACCCCAAGACCAGCCAGCGUGUACAUUCGUACCACCACAGCGAAGGCGGUCACGGCACGGUCAUGGCAAACCUCAUCUUUCGUGUUUGUCCGAUGGCAAAACUAUACAUCAUCCGGAUUGAGACACACAGGAAUCGUGAAGGCCAGAGCCGGUUUGUGACACGCAGUGCUGCAGAGGCUAUCCGCGCAGCUAUUGAUAAAAAAGUUAAUAUCAUCUCCAUGUCCUGGACCGUUGCUAUGGAUCUGGCGAAACCCAGCGAUGAUAUGAAGGACUUGCAGAGCGCCGUACAGGCUGCUCACGAUGCCAAAGUUCUCAUGUUCUGUUCAUCCAGUGAUGGAGGCCAGUUUGUCGAGGAGACAUUACCAGCCUCUGGUAACCGUGAUCACGUGUUCCGCAUCGGUGCGGCCAGUGCUGACGGUACCCCAUUCUCGUGGGCAGGCCCUGUUGAGAAGUUGGACUACAUCCUGCCCGGCGUGGAUGUCGUAAAGCGGCGACCUGGUCACGGCCGCGGCAGGCUGCUGAAGGAGAAGAUGGAGGAGAUGAAAUCUGACACAGGCUCAUCAGUAGCCACAGCACUUGCAGCUGGACUGGCGGCCAUGGUUCUCACGUGCGUCAAGAUGGCGGCUAUGCACACGGCCAGCGCGCCAGAACAGCACAAGCUAGGAGUCACCGAAGACAUGGUCCAACAGCUGCAGGAACACGUGAAGAUGAAAGCAGCACUGGAUAACCUGGACCUCACCCCUAACAAAUACUUGCAAGUGUGGUUCAAACUGAAUACCUCUCAAAUCUCGAGAGGGGUGAGAUUCAGCGACUCCGGAGAGUCAGAGAAGCUUGAACGCAUUAGCAAUAUGGUUUUAACGAAAGGUUUUGUUUCAAAGAUUACAUAA